AUGGCGGCUGUCUGUGAAAAGAGAUUUUAUGGGUUUUCCGCCAAGCUUCUCAACGGCGAUAUCCUGCACUUCUCCAAACUCCAAGGGAAGGUGGUGUUGAUCGUAAACGUUGCCUCCCUUUGAAGCACGACCAGCAGGGAUUACCACCACUUGAACGAGCUCCAGAAAUGUUUCGGCAAUCAGGGGUUUGUGGUGAUCGGUUUUCCCUGCAACCAAUUCGGAUACCAAGAGAACAACGAUAAUAGUGAGAUCCUCAAUGCCUUGAAAUAUGUUCGCCCAGGCAAUGGUUAUGAGCCAAAUUUCUUAGUAACUGAAAAGACCCUUGUAAACGGAGUCAAUGCGAAUCCAAUCUUCACUUUUUUAAAGGAGAGGUUGCCUGAACCUCAUGAUGAACCAAACAUCUUAAUGACUGAUCCCAAGUUCAUUGUUUGGAGCCCAGUCUUUCGGAAUGACAUCUCCUGGAACUUCGAGAAAUUUCUCAUCGGGGCAGAUGGAGAACCCUUCAAGCGCUACAGUAAACGUUUUGUAAUCACCGAUAUUGCAGAAGACAUCAAAAUUCUAAUGCAAAAGGUCUAA